CUUUUUCACAUCACUAAACGCUGACGUGCCGCAAAAAAUUGUUUACGUGAAAACUAGAAAGAUAAAAUAGAAAUACCGAACAAAAUGCUUGACAUUCAGACACAUAUGGACUUUGCCGGCCAGGGAAAAGCGGAGCGUUGGUCCCGGUUCAUCAUUACAUUUUUCGGGAUUGUCGGCCUGAUUUACGGAGCCUUUGUACAGCAAUUUUCACAAACUGUUUAUAUCCUGGGAGCAGGAUUCGUGCUCUCCUCCUUGAUCACCAUUCCACCCUGGCCCUUGUACCGUCGCAAUGCCCUCAAAUGGCAGAAACCCAUUGAAACGGAUGCCAAAUCCUCCAGUUCCGAAUCCGGGGAUGAGGGCAAGAAGAAGAAGAAGUAGUCUUAGCCAACA